UACAUAAUUUUAAUUCCCCGGACAAAUCCGCCAAAAUGAAGUUCACCGCUGCCGUCCUCGCCCUCGCCGCCGGCGCCAUGGCCCACCGGAACCAGACCGUGGUCUACACCACCGAGGUCGUCACCGCCUUCACCACAUUCUGCCCCGCGGCCACCUCGUUCACCUACGGCAGCCAGACCUACACCGUCACCGAGGCCACCACCCUGACCAUCACCGACUGCCCGAACGGCUGCACCAUCAAGCGCCCCGUGACCACCAUCUCCUCGGUCAUCUGCAACAACUGCGCCCCGGUGUACUCCAACAGCUCGUCCUCCGCCGCCGCCGUGCCGCCCGCCACCACCACCCCGGCCGGCACCGGCUCGCUGCCCACCCCGUCCACCGCCGGCGCCCCCCGCGCCCUCGCGCUCUCGGGCGCCGGCCUGGCCGGCCUGCUUGGUAUCGCUGCGUUCGUUCUCUAAGUCAACUAGUUUGAGUUGGUUGGCUUGGGUGAACACUCGCGGCUUGUGGGGAUGUUGGUCGUUGAGAGGGAUGCGGUUCGUAAUUUUUAAUUGCGGAUUGUCAUCGGGAAUGGCUGAGGGGAACAGGGGGGAGAUGGAGGGGAAGGACGGAGAAGAGGGAGUGAGUGGUUGUGGAGGAGAGUUGGUCGGCGGGGAUCUCGCUCCUGGGGUCGCGGACGAGGUUUCUGUAAUUUUUUUUCCGGGGCGUGCCUCGGGGGUUGUGUUCGUUCUGCGUUCCUUCGAGGCGCGCUCCUUUCUCUCUCCCUGGAUUGUGUUCCUUGGACAAAUACCGACACUUUUCAGGCUCAGCUUUUGAGGAUGCAUUUACGUCUACGUCGUGAAUCUUAAUUUCCUUUGUGAGAGAUGCUGGUGGCUCCAUACUUCAGGUGCUGGGCGUUCCGAGAGACUUGCACAUUCCACGGAAUGGAGCUGUUUCGGGAGCAGCCGUUUCCUAGUUCUGGAAGAUGGAAAUCGCGUCACAACCGCGAGCCGCCUACUGCCCCAAACUGUCUCAUAGCCCACUAUCCUUGCUUGCGCUUUUCUCGCUUGACCGAUCUUACUUGAGCAGGACUGUGUAGGUAGUCAAACAGCUUCGCCGCUGCAACGCUUCGGGUUCGCUCUUAC